UUGAACUGAAACUCUCGCGCGAUGAGGUUCCGUCUUUGUUACCCAGUAAUAAAUGUAAAUUUUUAAAACUAAGAUCAUUUUAUUUGACAGAAACCACUGCAAAAUACCGCAGUGACAUAUAUGGAGGUGUAAUAAAAAUAUCCAAUAGAAUCGUAUUUCUAUACAAUUUUGACAACAAAAAAAUAUUACUAGGCAAAAUUGGAAGAAAAUGGAAGCAGGAUCUGUUUUUCUAUAUUCAACUCCAUUUAGGCCUAUACCACUAUACGGUGGACAGAGACCGGCAUUCGACUUUUCUAGAUACGGUGCACUAAACCCGUCAUGGCCUGGGUUUCUCUCGCCAUCUCCAUGGAAACUUAGUGAUGUAAAUAAUCCCGCAGGACCGGCCGCGUCCAGCCACCUAGCGGCCUAUAACUUAUACAUACAAGAGCACAUCAAACGAUUACAAGAGGCCAGUUUUCCUAAAUUAUUUGAUAACACUUCCGCUGUGCAACCUCCACGAUUGCCAGUGGCUACUUCCGGUGAAACACAAAGAGCAGAUGAUAUUCGGAAAUCUCACAUGACCUUGGGUUCUCCAACAAACACUAAGGACGUCAAAAGUCCUACGCUUACCUCGUCUUUUUCGGAGGCUUACGGCUCACAAUACAACCUCGGAAGAAAACUAUUCCCUUGCCCACAAUGCAGAUAUACCACGGACCGCCGGAACAAUCUGAAACGUCACAUGCUGACGAUGCAUCAGACUUGCUCUAAACUCCUAGAAUGUUGUGGGAUUUUAUUUAAUACAAAAGCGUCUUUACGGGAACACUCAAUGAUAUUUCAUUAUCACGGAUAUACUUGCUUUUACUGCGGACGAAGAUUCUGUAGAAAAGCUUUACUGAAGCGCCAUCUGUCGGUACAUAAUGGACAGAAGGACUUCGUGUGCACCGUCUGUGAUUACGCCACCAGUCAUAAGAGUAACCUAGAGCGCCACCGUAAAGUGCAUCUGCGUCAAGAAGACGCUUCGGAUGAUGUCUCGAACGAAAACGAAAACGAGGCUGAAGGCGAUACAACUGACCCAAGAGAGUGUGAAGAAUAUGAGAAAAGUGAAGACAUUGACAUAUCCGUGUGUUCCGAUAGUGAGGAGGAAGAAAUUAAUGUUCACACAGACUAACGCAAAUCACCAAAACGCAUGUACUUGUUGAAUUUUUUUGGUCACAAAUUUAUGUAUAUUGCUUGUUGUAAGGUAUGCACGUUUUUAUAUAGCAUAACAAAUUUGUGAUUUAUUAUUACAUAUUUAAAUUAAAAAAAGAUUAACAGAAAA